AUGUUCUCUUCAGCAAAAUUAAUGUGUGCUCCAGAAGUGCUUACUGCUUACAAGAAAGCAGAUAGAAAGGUGAAAUCUGUGUCUGCAGUCUUUUCAGAAGAUGCAAGAGUUAAUAGGCAGUUUUCUGAAGACUCUAUGGCCAGUUUGCCUACUCUGUCACCUAACCCACCUAAGUUUACACCUGAUGGAGGCCAGCUUAGCCAAGAAAAUCUGGAGGCCAUGAAUAUCAAUCCAGAUGGAUUCAUCUGGCCAGAGGAGGAAAAUCUGUUCUGUACCCUUCUUCAAACCCAUCAGAAUCAUUUUGUCUUUGAAGACAGUCAGCGAGAUACUUUCAGAGAAGAUUAUUUCUCCUCAUACAUUAUCCCAGUGGUACUCCAUUCUUUCAACAAAAUUUCUAUCAGGGAUGCAGGCCUUCCUUCUAACCUUGAUAAUCUUAUGCAGCCAUUUGCAGGAUGCCAGUGCUACACAGUCUUUGACCUUCACUGGGGCUUUGAUGCUCGUAAGGUCCAUUCCAAAAGCAGGGAUCUUACAGCAUUUCUUACACCUCUUGGCCUUUUGUGA